AUGCAUUCAGCUCUUCUACUUUCUACUCUCAGCUGCGCCUUCUUUAACGCCAUCCACGCUUUCGAGUUCACUGGCCCUGAUUCAUCCAAGAAGAUUGACCUUACUCAACCCAUCAACAUCACGUGGGAUGCCACCAAAGGCUCCCUAAGCGAGCCAGAGGCCCGUAAAUUUGACCUCUGGUUCCAUGCGCUUGGCAACGUGGACAGCAGCACGUUUGGCUGGGAACUUGUCAGCGACCUAUCUUUCUCAUCGGGCUCCUAUGAAUGGGAUCCUGCAGCUAUCGUUAAGGAAAUCAAGGAUAAGGGCAACUCGCUCUCGCCCGAUGCGGUGCAUACCUUUGAAGCUAGGAUCCUAGACAGGAGUGGAAAUAAACUAUCAACAGUCGACAGUGACAAGUACGCCGCCGAGGGUUUUGAUUUUAUUAAGGACAGCGGUAGCACGGGACUGCCAAGGAGCUUUUAUACAGUGACGACAGCUCUCACCAUCACCGGUUUAGCGCUCCUUUGA